AUGCGUAAUACAGUUGAAAGUUAUAUGUCAAAAAGAAAAGAUGAAUAUAAAAAUAUCGAAAGAAAUCUUAGUCAUACAAUAUUAACAACAGAUUAUCGUGGUAAUAAUAUUGCUAUUUAUAAUCAACAAUCAAUUAAUUAUACAAUAUUUAUUCAAUCUCAAUGUGUAGUAAUAUUACAUAUAAAACGUUAUCUUGAAAAUUUAAUUGAAGUUGGUUAUGAACUUGGUCUAUAUGGUUUAUUAUUAUUUGCAAAAGAAUUACGAAAAAAAUUAAAAUCUAAUCCUAUUCGUUUGUCAAUUAUUGAUCCAACAGCUCGUGAAAUGUUUGAUGAUAUUUUUCAACGUCUUGAAUGUCUUAUUGAUGAUAUAUUAAAAAAUUUAUAUCGAUUAAAUGAACAUAAUUAUGAUAUAUUAUUUAGUCCAAAAGUUCGAAUAUUACUUGCUCGAAUUAUUAAACAAAAAGUUGAAAAAACAAAAUCUGGUCGAUGUAUUGUAUUUGUUGAACGAAUAUAUACAGCAACUAUUUUAAGUCAAGUUUUAUCUCAUCUUGCAUUAUCUCUCGAACCACCAGGAAAUACUCUAUUGAAAAUUAGUCAUGUUACAGGAAUAAAUACUGUUCUUCGUGAUAAAACAAUGACAACAAAAUCACAAGUAAGAAUUUUUAUUUUAUUCGAUCUAUCUAAAUAUCUAAACUACAGGAUAACUUUUUUUUUUUCCAUCAAAAAAUUUAGCCACGGUUUCUCUUGAAGGGUGUAGCAAAAAAUGAAUUCAUCCAAAACCGAGUUUUAAUUACAUAAGCAUAUUUAUUUAUGAAUUUUAAUUGAAUACUAACGAUUGGAAACUCAUGUCUUUUUGUUAGAAGACCAUUUUGAAGGAAUUUAUUUUUUGAUAUAUCUGCUAAUGUCGGCGCCAGAAGUAGAUGGAGAAAACUCAAGGAGGAAUAUCUCCUGAACGGAUGCAGCUAGCGACCUGCGGUUUUCACCAUUAGAAAGAAAA